ACGAUUGGGCAACAAUGUUUCCAAGCGCAGACACGUGUCCAGCAUUUAAUCUUGUGCUGGUUUACGGAUCUUGAAGCAAGUCGAAAGAAGGCCCCAUUCACUGGCCACCCAAAAGUUAGUCCCAGCCAGCAACGGAUAAGCCCGCCAAAGGAAUGGCCGCCGCCGCCUCCUCUUCCUCCGCCACCGCCGCCGCGCUCCCCCUCUCUUCCCCGCCGUCCGCCGCCCCCAAAGCCCUACUCCAAAUCCCCUCCUCCCCCUUCCCUUCAAAAACCCCACCUUUCUCCCGACCCCGAACCAAAAUCUUCGUCUCCUCCCCUCCCCCCUCCCGAACCCUCUCCCCCAAAUCCCCUUCCCCCUCCGCCGCCGGCGAGGAGGAGCGCGUCUUCUUUGACGGCGGUGCUCACUACGGCGACCUCGUUGCCAACCUCCUCCUCGGCUUCACCCUCCUCUGGCUCCCCCUCACCCUCGCCGCUGUCUCCCGCGCCUUCUUCCUCCGCUACCGCUUCACCAACCGGCGGGUCACCGUCAUCUCUGGCCUCACCGGCCAGGACCGCAGCGACUUCCCCUACGCCUCCAUCCAGGACGUCAAGGUCGUCCCCAGGUUCAUCGGCGAGUGGGGGGACAUAGUGAUCACUUUGAAGGAUGGGACCAAGGUGGACCUGAGGAGCGUGCCCAAGUUCCGGGAGAUCGCCGACUACUGCCUUUUUAUGGCCGAGGGCCCGAACGGAUCGGAGGAGAGGGCGGCCGGCGGACCAAGGGGAUUCUGAGUUCAAAGUUGGGAGCUUUGGGGAGGAUUUGGAUUUUCUUCUCCCGGGAGGAAAAAAGAAGAAGAAUUAUUAGGAAGUCCCAACCUGGUUAGCCUGCUUUCAUUCAGAAAAUGGAAGUGACAAAAACAAGAACAUGAAAGGCAAGCUUGAAAACAAAACAACAGGGGAAACUGCUACUGGACAAAUCAGUCAUUGAGUCUAAUCGAUCAGGAAAAGAGGGAUGCUGUCCGGAACCUGUCAAGGAGCAUAACUGGCUACUUAUCUUAAUUCUCAAAUAUCUGUGAUCUUAUAUUGUUCACAUCAUAUUGUCGUAUAUCAUUCAAUUUGUAAUGGUAUCAUCACAAUGAAAGAUAAUACGAGCUUGCUGUCAAUGAAAAUUUGCAUGCAUCUGAUGCAAAUUGCAAAACGUGGUUUCAGCUUUCAAACAAAAGAAACAGGCGUUGUUCUGUUUCUGUUGAGUUGGUAUAUCGGACUCUUAAAAUUUGAUGCUA